AUGGGCAAUGUUUACCAUGAAUUCAAUGAUGGUUUGUUGCCUUUGUACAUAACAUCCCAGCAUCUCCAUGGACAAGUGGUGUUUGUUAUUCUUGAAUACCAUUCUUGGUGGGUGACAAAAUAUGGAGAGAUAAUUGGGCAGGUCACCAUUUAUGCAGUCAUUGAUUUCAGCAAGGAUAAGAGAGUCCACUGUUUUCCAGAGAUGAUAGUUGGGCUCAACAUACAUGACGAAUUAAGUGUGAAACCAGAGAUCAUGAAAGAUGGCAAAAGCAUUAAAGAUUUCAGGGAGCUUGUGAGCAAGGCCUAUGCCCCUAUAUUGAGUUCCAUGCCUCAAACAAAGAGCAUAACCAAAGAACAAUCAUUUCCCUUAAGGGAUUCCAGGCUUGUUUCACAGCUAGGAAAGCCCAAAUUGGUAGUUAUAUCAAGGGAGAAGUCAAGGAAAAUGAUGAACCAGAAGGCAAUUGUUAAAUUGGCAAAGAUGGUGGGAGUUCAUGGUGCUGCCAUGACACAUCUUUUGUUCAUGAGACCUGGCUCUGUGUUUAUACAGAUUGUAUCAAUAUAAUAUUUCAUUGUAUCAGUCAAAUAAAAAUAUGAAUCUCUCUUAUUCAAAUGUAUAUAAACAUAUUUUGAAGUAGAAGUAAGAAAGACUUAUUCUUUC